UGGGCUUGGGUUAUUUUGCGCGUGGUUGCCCAUUUGCCCUAUCUUCCAUUCUUCCUGCUUCGAACAUUUGGGGGAGAGGGGAGAGAGAGAGAGAGAGAGAGCGGCGGAGGCGAUGGCGAGCGGAGGGAAGGGACUCAACGCGACUGGGGAGUUUUUCCGGCGGAGGGACGAGUGGAGGAGGCACCCGAUGGUGGGGAAUCAGCUGCGCCACGCCACACCGGGGCUCGGCAUCGCUAUCGUCGCCUUCGGGAUCUACCUCGUCGGCGAGGCCGCCUACAACCGCCUCUCCCGCCCCUCCGGCGACCACCACUAGAUCGCCGGCCGGGAUCCGUGACUCCAAGGUCAAGUAGCUGGAGCCAACUCUACCAAGCACUGGUGUUGAUCUUUUUACAGUUUGAGCUCAUAAGGUCAGCCAUGACCAUGUUGUAAUCUGUGACCAGGUAGACUUGCCCAUUUGGUCCAACUAUUGUCUUGAAACCCUAUGUUAAUACUUGGUAUCUGGAUCUGACGAUGCUCGUGUAAUUCAAGAAUCCUGGGUAUCUUUUAUGAUUUUAUUUGAUUUUGCAAUUUGCAAGUGUUA